AUGGCUGGUUCUAAAACCAUCAAAAGCACCACCGCCACAGAGGUGGGCAAAACGACGACACGCCGAUUCGUCGGAGUGAGGCAAAGGCCGUCGGGAAGAUGGGUUGCGGAGAUAAAGGACUCGUCUCAACACGUAAGACUAUGGCUCGGAACGUACGACACCGCAGAAGAAGCUGCACGGGCCUACGACGAAGCAGCCCGAGUCCUCCGCGGAGAGAACGCUCGCACCAACUUUCCGCCGGGGAAUCCCAAAACCGCUUCCUGUGGGGGGCUCAGCUUCUCGUCCUUGAAGGCCAGGCUGAGCAGGAACUUGCAGAGCAUCAUGGCCAGGUCGUCGGAGAAUAUUAUUAGUUCCGGCAAGGCUUCAGGAAACGGGCAGCAAAACGGGAGCAGCCUCGGUGAUGUGAAGAGCGUGAAUAAGAAUGUGGUACAGCCGAGCGUUAUCGUGCCGCCGGUGGCGGAGGAGCCGGUCUCCUCCGGGGAGAGCUCGAGUGGGUCGGAGUGCUGCGGCGGCGAGUGGUGGUUCCGGCAACAUGAGCUGGACUCGGAUGGGCCGGAUGUUGGAGAAGUUUUUGUUGGGGAUCAUCAGAUGAUGGCAGGGGUGGUGGAUGGACAAUCCGGAGGAGGUGGGCGGCGGCGAGAGGUGGAGGAGCAAGAGGUUUAA